AGGUAUUUCAAAGCGCUUGCUCACUGGCGUGCUCAUCAUCACCGAACGCACGAUCCAUUUCAGUCAUCAUCAUUUUUUGCAUUAUUACCAGAACCAAGUCUCUCAAGAGGCGUCUAAAAACGCACGGACGCUUUCACACACACACACAAAAGCACCCACUAAUUCGAUUUCUUUUUGUUUCCGCCCUAGGCAGAGCAGGACCUCAUAUUUUUCUUCCUGUGCCUUGCCGCUUGCCGCUUACUGUUGUCGUCUGCCACCCAUAAAUCCUCUCUUUCCUUUCCUUCACUGAGGGCAGGGGAAUCUUCCAGUUUUGUAGACUCUCUCGCCAACAACAAUCGAUUUAUACGCCUACACCCACAUACCUUAGCGGCAACUGAUACAUAUUCCUUACCCACUUGAAAAAGAAAUAGUGGUGAGGCGACGCGGUGUGCACGUCAGACCGCGUCACUCUUUCUGUUGUUCUCCAAGCCAGCACCUACGCGUCUGUAUACUAUUGUUAUUAUUAUUAUUUAUUUUUCUCGACAGAAGAUUGAACCGUAGCGUCCGCUGUGAAAGAAGAAAGAAACUGAAGAAUAACGGCAGUAGCAAGAAACGUCAACCACGAGAGGAACGUCAAGGAUCACUCACGCAACCAACGCGCUCGGUCGUCAAGCUGAGAAGCUUGCACAAUCACCAUCGCCGCUGAGUUUCGAAAGAUCAGGGUACAGACAGAAAAGAAGGCAUAAACUGUUUAGAAUGCUAGCCGAUGAAGUGAAACAACAGUACGGGCUGACCAUCCCGUUUUUUGAGGGGACGCUGGAGGAGGCGCAGCGGAGCGCCGCCCAGACCGCCAAGUACCUCAUCUUGUACCUGCACAGCCCCCUGCACGAAAAUACGGGAGCAUACCUGCGCGAGGUCCUUGGCACGGACGAGAUCAUCGCCCUCCUCAGCGAAAGCUGCAUCUUGUUCGGCGUGAGUGUCACAGAGAAGAAGGGGCAUCAGCUGGCCACCGAGCUCGGCGCCCAUGCCUUUCCCUUCGUCGCGGCUCUCUUCCGCCGUAAAGUGAUUCUGCGCCUCCAGGGUUACCACACUCGCGAGGUGUUCCGCCAGGAGUGGCGCCUCUGCACCGAGGACUGGGACACGUACCUGGCAGAGGAGAUCAGCCUUGUGACGGAGCGUGCGGCACGCGAGCAGGCCCGGGCGGCGGACGAGGUGGCGGCCUCCGAGAUGGAGGCAGCGGACCGCGCCCUGCUAGAGGAACUGCAGCGAAAAGAGCAGGCAGAUCGACAGGCCACGGCGGCCCAGAAAGCGGCGGAGGCGAAGGCAGCGGUGGAGCGCGCAGCGACGGAGAAGCAAGAAAAGGAGGAGCGAGAGCGACGGGAGGCAGAGGAGGCACGGCAGCGUGCGCUGGAGGCGCAGCGGCAGCAGCAGAAGGAGGCCGCCAAGGAGCAAGCGAGUGGGCUACUGCACGAGGAGCCCGCGGAGGGCGUGCCCGCGGGCGAGACGGUGCAGAUCAGUGUGCGGUGUCCCUCCGGCAAGCAGUACCAUCGCCGCUUCCUGCGCAGCGACCUCGUCGACCAGUUGAGUCUCUUUGUGCUUACACUGGACGAGCUAGCUGAUGCGACGGAUAUGUCGACGGUGCGCUUCGUGACCGGCUUCCCGCCUGCGCCGCUAGAAUGGGAGCUAGGCGUGACGACUUUCCGUGAUGUGAAGAGCUUGUGUCCUCGCGCUGUAGUGCUGCUACGGCGAUGUUAG